UCACGCACCGUUGCCAAACAAUGGGCAGGAAAAAGCCACGUUGACGAAGUCGACAGCAGUGUGCGUUAUUUUUCAGCAAGGAAACAGAAGGAUUGAUUUUAUUUUGAAGACAACGAAACAAUUCUUUCGAAGAAGCGCUUGACAGUAACCAUGUCAUCGCCGCCCAAAGAGAAAACCGAGACCAAAGCUGGGCAUCUCCCUGCUGUGAAAGCAGGAGGCAUGAGGAUAGUUCAGAAGCACCAGUCUGCAAAUGAUGCACCAGACAAGAAUGACAAAGACAGUAAAGAAUAUGAGACUGAGAUCCCACCAAAGCUACAUGUUGUGGUCUCAGGAGUUGUCACUAAGGGGGAUAAAGACUUCACCCCUGCUGCUGCCCAGGUGGCCCAUCAGAAACCUGUGCCCGCAGUACAGAAGCUGCCUACAGCCCACCACAUCAACCAGCACAUCCACCAGCCCCGGAAGUGAGCCAUCAAACAACUCUAGACCACCUUCACCCGCACGGGGCCAUGACCACACCACCCCAAACACCUGCUCAGGUUUCCAGGAAUCUCUUGCCGUCAAGCAUUCCCCUUCCGUCUGUGCCUGCAAGUGUCCUGUUUCCACCAGUAUCAUGACAAGUGUCCCAUUUCCUGAUUCUUACUUGUAGAUCAUUGAAACACUAAAAUUGAAAUCUCCAUUGCAAAUCAUCAGAAACAUGUUAAUAAUGUGGGUUCACUUCACAAGGGAUGCGUGGAGCUUUUUUAUUGUUUUAAUUUUGUAUUACAUGAAUAGUUCCAGAGAGAUGUGAGUUGUACAAUUUUUUUUUGUUAAGUUGGUGAAUGUUGUAUAUUAGGCAUUAGGUACUAGGUGUGGCUAUUUGAAUAAAGAGUUCAUAUUAAACAACA